GAUCGUUAGCGCGUACCGCUCCUCAUUCUCGCGCCUUAUCUUCUCCCCCUCUCCCCUCACUGCGUAUUAAUGCUCUACCGUAGCGCUCCGCGGUCGCCAUGCAGAACAACUACAAGGAGCACCUCUAUAAGAUCCUGGUAAUAGGGGACUUGGGGGUGGGGAAGACUAGCAUCAUCAAACGCUAUGUUCACCAGAACUUCAGCCCCAACUACCGGGCCACGAUAGGAGUGGACUUCGCCCUGAAGGUCCUUAACUGGGACCAAGAGACUGUUCGGCUACAGUUAUGGGACAUAGCAGGUCAGGAGCGUUUUGGGAACAUGACGAGGGUCUACUACCGUGAAGCCAUGGGGGCGUUCAUCGUUUUUGACAUGACGCGGCCGUCCUCCUUCGAGGCUGUCACCAAGUGGAAGGAGGACCUGGACUCUAAACUCACACUGGCCAAUGGGAAAAAUGUGGCCGCUGUGCUAUUGGCUAAUAAGUGCGACCAGGGGCGGGACGUGCUGACCAACAACGGGAUCCAGAUGGAGAAGUUCUGUCAGGAGAAUGGCUUUGUGGGAUGGUACGAGACCUCUGCCAAGGAGAAUAUGAAUAUAGAUGAAGCAGCUAACUGUCUGGUGAAGCACAUCAUCGCCAACGAGAAUGAUAUCCUCCAAUCAGAAGUCCCUGACACCGUCUCUCCGCAAUUAAACUCUGUCAGGGGUGGGACCUGCUCCUCCUGUUUCAAAUCAUAGAACACCACCACCACCACUACACACCACCAUCACUACACACCACCACCAUCACUACACACCACCACCAUCACUACACACAACACCAUCACUACACACAACACCAUCACUACACACCACCACCAUCACUACACACCACCAUCAUCACUACACACCACCAUCAUCACUACACACCACCACCAUAACUACACACCACCACCAUCACUACACACCACCACCAUCACUACACACCACCACCAUCACUACACACCACCACCAUCACUACACACCACCACCAUCACUACACACACCACCAUCACUGCACACAACCACUACACAUCAACACCAUCACUACACACAACACCAUCAUUGCACACCACCAUCACUACACACCACCAUCACUACACACCACCAUCACUACACACCACCAUCACUACACACCAACAUCACUACACACACCACCAUCACUGCACACAACCACUGCACACAACCACUACACACAACACCAUCUCUACACACAACACCAUCAUUGCACACCACCAUCACUACACACCACCACUACACACCACCAUCACUACACACCACCACUACACACCACCAUCACUACACACCACCACUACACACCACCAUCACUACACACCACCAUCACUACACACCACCAUCACUACACACCAACAUCACUACACACCACCAUCACUACACACACCACCAUCACUACACACACCACCAUCACUGCACACAACCACUACACACCACCACCAUCACUACACACCACCACCAUCACUACACACACCACCAUCACUACACACCACCACCAUCACUACACACCACCACCAUCACUACACACCACCAUCACUACACACCACCAUCACUACACACCACCAUCACUACACACCAUCAUCACUACACAGCAUCAUCACUACACACCAUCAUCACUACACACCACCAUCAUCACUACACACCACCACCAUCAUUACACACCACCAUCACUACACACCACCACCAUCAAUACACACCACCACCAUCACUACACACCACCACCAUCACUACACACCACCACCAUCACUACACACUCCUCCUCCACCACCACCACCACCUCAGAGACUAAGGUGCAGAUAGUCACUGAGGUGAAAAUAGUCUUUAAAGUGCAGAUAGUGUGUAUGUGUCACAGGAGGUUGGUGGCAGCUGUAUUUGGGGACGACUGGCUCUUAGUAAUGGCUGUAACAAAAUAAAUGGAAUGGUUUUCAUGUGUUUGAUACCAUUCCAUUCCAGCCAUCCUCGCCUCAACAGCCUCCUGUGGUUUGUGUUCGCUGUGUGUGUGUUUUUGUGUUUAUUUAUGCCUUUGGGAUUUUAUCAGAGACAAGGUCACCCUCAUGGCGACUCAGAGCCUUGUUGCCGUCUCCGUAACCAUGGAGACAGAGCUAACGAAGACACACUCCGCAGGUACUUCUGUUAAACGAUUCACCCCAUACAUCCGUCCUUCAGUCUCUCUUUAUUUAUCUCUCCCUCUAUCCAUCACCUCUUCCCCUGCAUCUCUGUUUCACUCUCUGUUGUCUCUUUUUCCCUGACUACAACUCCCAUGAUUCCCACAUUGAACCAAUCACAUUUAGAAGGCUUUACCACAGAGUCUGUAACACAGUACAGUACUUCCAGACCACUCCAGUAUUUCACAGUACAGUACUUCCUUGCCAGUCCACUCUGUCCAUUCCAGCAUGGCACACGACAGUGGGCUUCAGACACAUGCUCUGUUUAAUAUUGUUGAAUAAUCUGGGUUUAUUCAUUAUGGUACUGGUGUUAUGUUAAUGAUAUAUUAUGUUCUCAGUGCAUUAAAGAUGACCAAGAUGUUAAUAUAUACAUGGACUGUUGCUGUUGCUUUUAUAAUGUAGAAUGUCUUGUUUUUAUUUAAUAUUGUGUUUAAAUGAACUGCAACACAUCAUCAUGAAGUGGCAGCAUACCACCCUGCAUACCACUGCCGGCUUGCUUCUGAAGCUAAGCAGGGUUGGUCCUGGUCAGUUCCUGGAUGGGAGACCAGAUGCUGCUGGAAGUGGUGUUGGAGGGCCAGUAGGAGGCACUCUUUCCUCUGCUCUAAAAAAAAUAUUCCAAUGCCCCAGGGCAGUGAUUGGGGACACUACCCUGUGUAAGGUGCCAUCUUUCAGAUGGGACGUUAAAUGGGUGUCCUGACUCUGAGGUCAUUAAAGAUCCCAUGGCACUUAUCGUAGGGGUGUUAACCCCUGUGGCCUGGCUAAAUUCCCAAAUUGGCCCUCAAACGGUCACCUAAUAAUCCCCAGUUUACAAUUGGCUCAUUCAUCCCCCUCCUCUCCCCUGUAACUAUUCCCCAGGUUGUUGCUGUAAAUGAGAAUGUGUUCUCAGUCAACUUACCUGAUAAAAUAACACAAAACAAUGCCCACUUCAGCAUCACAUUUUUGUUGUAUUUAUCCAUUUCUAAUGAAUGUUGUAUUGUCACCAUUCUGUAAUAUGUUGGAAUAUAAGAUUACUACAGAUAUAUGAACAGUACAUACUUAUGUAUGUAGCCAGGUUGUAAUAACAGAUUAAUAUUUCCUUUUAGAGAUGAUACUUUGAAUAAACCAUAGCUUUUCAGA